GCUCGGCCGCCAUCUUGGUGCCCCGCCCCCCGCGGGAGCCGAGCGCCAAACUCAAAGCGCAAGAUGGCGGCGGAGAGUCUGUUCGGCCGGUUGGUGCCGGUGCAGGUGAAGUGCCAGGGCUGCGAGGACAGGAGGAUAAAUGUUCGAGUAAGGAUUGAGCUACAAUCAACAUCUAAUCCUGUUCAUAAAAAGGACUUAGUUGUGCAGUUGACUGAUGAUACUGACCCCUUUUUCCUUUAUAACCUGGUUAUAUCUGAGGAAGAUUUUCAAAGUUUAAAAUGCCAGCAGGGUCUUUUGGUAGAUUUCUCUGCUUUUCCACAAAGAUUUGUAGAUCUACUUCAACAGUGUAUUCAGGAACAAAACAAAGAUACCCCAAGGUUUUUGCUGCAAUUAGUUUCUUCAGCAUCUGUUUUAGAUCACACACCUGCUUUUUUAAAUGUAGUGGAGACAAAUCCAUUUAAACAUCUUACACAUCUCUCACUAAAAUUUCUGCCAGGAAAUGAUGCAGAAAUAAAGAAGUUUUUAGCAAUCUGUUUGAAAUGUAUUAAGGAAGAAAAGUCGUUAUUGGAACAAAAGCUUAAAAAAACUGAAGAUGACCUUACCAGACAGCUGAGCUACACACAACAGAGCUUGUCAGAAAAGAGCCGGGAAUUAGAUAAGUUGAGAAGUGAAUGGACGUCACAUACAACAAUGCUAACAAAUAAGCACACUCAGGAAUUGACAAAUGAGAAGGAAAAAGCUCUCCAGGUGCAGACUCAGUACCAACAACAACAUGAACAACAGAAAAAGGAAUUGGAAAGCUUGCAUCAGAAAAGUAUCCAACAGCUACAGAAUCGACUGUCAGAGCUAGAGAUUGCCAACAAGGACCUAACAGAAAGGAGAUACAAAGGAGACUCCACAAUUAGAGAACUUAAAGCAAAACUCUCUGGGAUAGAAGAUGAGUGCCAGAGAGCAAAGCAAGAAGUACUGUCGUUGCGUCGGGAGAAUACUACGCUGGAUGCUGAAUGCCAUGAAAAAGAGAAACACAUUAAUCAGCUACAAACACGAGUUGCAGUUUUGGAACAAGAGAUCAAAGAUAAGGACCAGCUAAUUAUUAGGACAAAAGAAGUAUUAGAUGCAACACAACAACAAAAGGUGAUACUGGAAGAAAAUACAGAGAAGAAACAAGUUCAUAUAGGAAAACUUGAAGCAACAAUAAAGUCAUUAUCAGCUGAACUUCUUAAGGCUAACGAAAUUAUCAAGAAGUUACAAGGAGAUUUGAAAACUCUAAUGAGUAAAUUGAAAUUGAAAAAUACAGUAACAAUUCAGCAAGAAAAACUCUUGGCCGAAAAAGAAGAGAAACUACAGAAAGAGCAAAGGGAACUGCACGAGAUAGGACAAUCUCUUAGAGUAAAAGAGCAAGAGGUCUGCAAGUUGCAAGAACAGUUAGAAUCUACAGUACAAAAACUGGAAGAAAGCAAGCAACUGCUAAAAACCAAUGAAAAUGUAAUCACAUGGUUAAAUAAGCAACUGAAUGAAAUUCAGAUGGCAAGAAAGCAAGAGAUAUUGGGAACUUCUACCAUUCCACUUACACAUUCAAGCAAUGGCACUAUUAGAACUGGCACUUCACCUCACAAUAUGCUUGACAGACUCCGUUUUACUAGCUCAGGAUACCCCAUCUCUCCAGUAUGCGCUUUCCAAAACUUUCCAGAAACAGCACCUGUGAAAAGUGCCAACCAGCAGGUUUCAGGACCAAAGGUUCAGUUUAACGUGCAGCUUUCAAAAACUAAUAAAAGUUCAGACAUUCAGCCAGGAUUUCCUACUGCAACUGGUCAUCUAACAAAUACAGAAAAUGGUGAGAAUUUGGGAUUGGAAUUGAAGUAUUUAAAGAAAAGAGAAGACAGCAUUCCUUUACGAGGUCUCAGCCAAAAUACAUUUAACUCCUCAGAGUAUCCGAAAUCCUCCACAUCAACAAAAACACCAACUUCAUCAAAACCCGGAGUACAGUCUACAGCCUCUGCUUAUUUCCCUGGAUUGCAAACAACAAUCAUUAGAUGAAAUCUUUUAUAUUACCAACUAUUGAAGAUUUUGGAUGGCUUUUAAUUAAGAUACUAAAUACAAUUACCCCUUAAUGUCAGUCAAUGUUAUAGUAACCAUGUAAAAUGAGUUAACUUUACCUUACAUUUGUAUAAUCUUUAGCUUUUGUGAAGAAAUCAAAUUGAUUUACAUAUCAGUAUACAAUUCCAGCCAGAAGAGUAAAAGAUGGAGGGGGAAAAUUAACUACUUCAGUCAUAUGCUACAAAAUGAUUGUUUAAAAAUGACCAUUUAUAAAAUGAGGCAAAGCCUUUAAAAAGGUUUAUAAAUGGUUACAGAGCACCAAGACCCACAUACAAGUUUGUGUAGUAAACAACCUAUUUUAAUCUUUCCCCUUGCCAGAAAUCCCCAAACUAAUGAUAUUGCUAAUAGUUCUGUCAUUAUGCUGAAACUCAGUCCUGCUUGGAGUUUCUCCUUAAGAAUACCUAGUAACUUUAGGAUCUUGCUCCUGGAAAGUGCACAGCAACCUCAGCAAUCUCUGAAGUCAGUGGUAGUUGUGCUGGGUAGUUUCCUGGUAUAGGAAACUUCUUUUCCCAAGUUAUGCCUACAUCUGUUUGGAGUUUGAAUCUAAUUUUUGGUUUCUAUACUGAAAGACAUGUUUGUAUAGCAUUUUGAACUUACUACUCUGGGCUCCUUAGCCCCUAAAUCAACACUUGUGCCAGGGUACCAGUGUAAUGACCCAGGUCAGCUAAGACCAGGAGCUGUAUUAUAUUCUCCUUGUACAGGAUUUUGGCAGUCUAGAUCAACAUUAUUCCACCAGUCACACUCCAUGUAUGGAUGAAAUAUACACUCUGGCAUUCAUCUCUGGAGAACAUUUUUGUAAGAUGUAGCAGGAUGUGGAGUAUCUUUCAUUGGCUUGGUCACUGAGGUGACCUGCCACCUAUGGAACACUGUUUCCUGUCAGGGUAUGUCUAUACUGCACUCUCAGGCUGCAGUUGCAGUCCAAGUAGAUAUACCUGAACUUGCUUUACUGUACCUAGUUCAAAUAAGAGCAGUGAAACUGCUUCACUUUGGCCUAGCUCCACAAGUAAUUACUCAGGGUUCUGGGCAGGCCUGUACAGCCCACACUGAAGCACCUGCUGCUGCAGCACC